AUGGAUGCGUCUGUAUCUAUGCAGCUCAUGAACAUUAGAGAGGGGCAAAUCAAGCUUGGUGAGAAGCUUGAUACUAUCAUGCAUGAUAGUAGCAAUGCAGCUCUCCAAAACGAUGUCCGUGCCACCAAACAAGAGUUGGAACUUUUGUCGGGCAACCUAACCCUCAUGAAUGAAAGGCUGACGACGGUGUUGAGGAAGCUAGAAGCACUCGAAGAAGCAAUAAAGCAUCAUUGA